AUGGCGGCCUAUGCGGAGCAGCUUCUUGUGUGCACCGGCCAGCGGGACUGGACGAGCCGUAUAGAAGAUGAUGGCCAGGAACACAGCUGGGGGGAUCUCGUGCGAGGUCUGAAGGCUCUACUCGGACGCGGCGGGCGAUUCGCCGACCCAUACCAUAACAUCCUCAUCACGAAUUCCUCGUUCGCGCCGUCGUCGCAGACGUCACCAGCAGCCUCCGCCUUCCUCUUCCCCAGCUUCAAAUACUUCCCCUCCAUCCCGACCCAACCAUCCUCGGAGAACACAGACCUCUCAACUUUCGUCCAAGCACAUCUCCUCCCCACCAAAGCGCGACACGGCGGCCCCAGCCGCCGCCCGGAACUAGCGUCAACCCUCCCGGCCGCCGUCGACCUGCGGCACUCGCCCGUGAUCCUCAUCUGCGGGCACGGCGGGCGCGACAUGCGCUGCGGCGUGAUGGCGCCCGUCCUGGAGACGGAGUUCCAGCGCGUGCUGCACGAGAAAGGGUUUGCCGCUGCGGACGGGGAAGACGCACCGGUGGACCGCCCCGACCGGGCGCAUGUCGGGCUGAUCAGUCACAUUGGCGGGCACAAGUACGCCGGGAAUGUCAUUGUGUAUCUCCCGCCGGGGAUGACGGUUGUCGGGGAGGACGCAUCGUCGGUGGUGCCGCAUCCGCUGGCCGGGAAGGGGAUCUGGUAUGGACGCAUUGAGCCCAAGCAUGUGCAGGGGGUGGUGGAGGAGACGAUCCUGGGCGGGCGGGUGCUUGCGGAUCACUUCAGGGGUGGGGUGGAUCGGGAGAGUGGGAUUUUGCGAUUGUGA